AUGAAACGAAAACGAAAAGAUAGAUCAGGAGACAUCGAUGACAAUGAAGAUGAAUUAUGGAAUAGCCUUUAUGACAUCGAAGAAAGUGAUAUAAUUGAAUACGAACAUAUUCCAUUUGAAAGAGAAGAUUACUCGGUUCCAGAACAGCCAGCUCCAAAAAAAUCUAAAUCUAAAAACUGGGCUAUAUUUCCAAAUUAUCCUCAUUUAGGUCCAGGUAAUCCUAUAUUCGAUGCUGCUGCAAACGAAAUGGACAAUAUUGCAAGAACUCAUGACAUUGCAUACCAAGAAGCAAAAUCACCAUUAGAUAUAUAUAAAGCUGAUGAAAGAUUUUUAAGAUCCAUGGAAGGUUACCAAAGUAAAGGUGACGAAACUGUAGAAAUAGCUGUUAAAAAUAAAGCUUCACAAGCUUUAGACCAAGAAAGUAGUGGGAAUCAGAUUCUUCACGCAUCGUCCGACCUAUUCAAUACGGAAAUCAAUAACGCUGUUACCACGUGUACGAGAUCUUAUGAUGGCUCAGGAUUUAAUAAGAAUGAGCAAUUAAUUUUACCUGUUAACGAUAUUGAAUAUCUUAUUCCUGUUCCUUUAACUCAAAAGAAAGUAGCAGAUGAUACUUUAGCUGGUGCUGCCACCAACACUCCCGCAAAACCAACUAAUGUUUCAGAAAAUAAUAUGAUGCAACCUUUGUCUUUAUACGAUAUUAAAAAAACCUAUUAUCCUGAUCUUUUGCAAGAUAAUAAAAAUGUAAAAUUAUUAUAUCCUGGUGAAAAUGUGUUAAAACAUACUAUAGAAUGUAAAUCAGAAUUUAAUAUUGUAGACUGUAACACUUUAAAUUUCGGUGAGCCUAUUUAUAAUUACGACGUGCGAAUGGGAAUACCAAAUACAAGAACAAUUCCAACUGAUUAUGAGUCUUUUUUAAAUACCCGAGUAUUCCAUGCUUUACGAGGUCCUCAACACUAUUCAGCUAUUGACAGUGAUAACACUUUUCCUACUGAAAGAGCAAGUCAUGAAUAA